AGCGUCCCCGCUCGCGGCUCGUCCGGCAGGCGAGGAAGCCGGGCGGCCGCUGUGCAUCGACGGCGCCGGAGAGGACGGAGGAGGCAGACGGAGGACCGGCGAGAUGCGGUGCUGAGCGCUCGGCUUGCACCGGCGCGGACAACGGUGCGCCCCGCCCAGGUGGCCCUUGAAACAGGAAGCCAACUGAGAUGCUGACCUCAACUCAAGCUUUGGGGAUUAAAGAGAAGACCUUUGCUUCUUUCGGUGGGCUUAAACUGGAUUGAUAAGAGGACAUUAAUGAUGAAGCUGACCUGCAUGUUUUCCUUCAUUCUUCUGUUUGGAGCAGCUGGGCUUCUCAUUUUCAUCCAUCUGCAGGAUCCAGAAGAAGUUGUACCCCAGCAAGCUUCAGGAAUGAGAUACGGCCAGGGAUCUCAGGAAGCUAAAAGAGAAGGCGCGUCAAGCAAUGAUCAGGGCGGGAAAACACAGGCAAAUGGAGGCGCUACCUUUCCGGUGGGAAACCAGAGGGCCUCAUUACUGCAAGAUGAGUCUGUGAAGCACCGAAGCUCAGGCCAAGCCCGGAAGGCCUUAGCGGGGAUUCGAGACCGACAACGGAAAAGUUCAGCUGCUAAUUCUGCCAGGGCCUAUCAACGAAGGAGGAAAUUUGUCCUGAAAAGCAGCCCCCUCCGGAUUGCAGUUAAUGGCUCCUUCCUCAGCCUGCCCGUCCUGAAAGCUGAGGCGAAGGACGAGCUGAGGUGGAGAAACCUCUAUGAGGUCCAAAGAGAGAGAAAACGCAUCAUGAGAGAGACGUGCUCCAAGUACAAGAGCAACAACAAAAGAGUAAUCACCCCUUAUCAUGUGUCCAGGAUAUUUGUUGAAGAUAAAUAUCGAAUUUUAUAUUGUGAAGUCCCUAAAGCCGGCUGCUCCAACUGGAAGAGAGUACUCAUGGUUCUCAAUGGACUGGCCUCCUCAACCAGGGUUAUUCAGCACAAUACUGUCCAUUAUGGGAAUUAUUUGAAGAAGCUGGAUGGUUUUGAUCACAAAGGGAUUAACUACAGGCUCAGUACUUACACUAAGAUGCUCUUUGUUCGCGAACCUUUUGAGAAGUUAGUGUCGGCAUUUCGAGACAAGUUUGAGCAUCCAAACAAUUAUUACCAUCCCGUCUUCGGCAGGCCCAUUAUUUCAAAGUAUCGCCCCAAUGCCACCAAGGAGGCUCUGAGGACAGGCUCUGGGGUAGAGUUCAAAGAGUUCAUUCAGUAUCUUCUCGAUGUGCAUCGGCCGGUCGGCAUGGACAUCCACUGGGAUCACAUCAACAGGCUCUGUAGUCCUUGCUUAGUAGACUAUGACUUCAUUGGGAAAUUUGAAACAAUGGAAGAAGAUGCUAACUUUUUCCUCCAUUUGAUAAAUGCUCCCCAAAACUUGACUUUUCCUAGGUUUAAAGAUAGACAUUCCAAUGAAGAGAGGACAACCACUCAGAUCACGCAACAAUAUUUUACACAGCUUUCUCCUUCUCAAAGGCAGCGUAGUUAUGAUUUCUAUUACAUGGAUUAUUUAAUGUUUAAUUACUCGAAGCCUUUUGAAGACCUUUAUUAAGUGGAGGUGAGCUGUUGGUUGCAGCCUUGUGGGGCUCCUCCUAUGCAAUUUUGUGGAACAGACAUUUAUACUAAUACAUAAGCUCCGUGAAUGAGCUUCAUUACACCAGAAGCUUAAAUUAGUUGUUCUGUCUUUCAUAUUCCCAGCAAUCUCCAGUUUUCCCAUGGGUGUCUCUGUGAGGUUGGCAGGGUUGGGAAGUCUGAUAAAGUAUGUCUCACAGUG